ACACAUUCCAUAUUAUGCCAUGGAAGUGGUUUUUGUGUCUGAGCAUUGUAUUUUCAUCUGUUCCUAAGAGACUGAAUGCCACGCAGUUUCAUAUUAAUGACGUACAUUAAUAACAUGGAUAUGGAGAAAUGUUGGAUACGAGUCGUCGGCUAUGGCCAGUAACAAAUACCAGAAACAAUAUUGUGACUAUAACGUGAUGUAGGCGAUUUUUUUUUUUUUUUUAAACAGGCUCAUGUCACCACAAUCAGCAAUUUUUAGUUUCACAUUCGUUGGCUUCGCCUAGCCGAAGCCUCUUACGUGUAUCGAAUAUUUCGCCAGACCAAAUAACAUUACAGUAACAGCUGCAUCAUCCCUAUGUUUAUGACUGAUUGAGUGAUACAUACUUAUACAGAGUUUCUAGUUAACAUACGAAUGACGAUAUUUUGAUUGCCGUGGUACGUAGCAUUGAAAUGAGGCUCAUACAUGCUUCAUGUAUUUGCAACAAACAAAAAAUCCAUGAAGAAAUUCCAGGAAGAAGAAGCAUUUCAGAGAAUGAAUUUUUUAUACCAGGCAGCAGCUUCUCUUCUGUUAAAGGAUCCAAACCAUUUUGACAUAGCUACCCAUUAUGGAGCUAUUAUGAGGAGCAUAUCAAAGAAAUCAGUUCUUCGUAUGGAUAUCAGCUUGAAACGCAGCAUUUGCAAGGGAUGUUCGAUACAGCUCAUCCCAGGCGUGACUGCUAAAGUCCGUAUAAAAAAUAGACCAUCGCCAUGUGUGCUAUGGACAUGUACCAUCUGCAAUACUUCAAAGAGGUAUCAUAAUAAGAAGGGAUAUCUUACAUGGACUGGAAGACCAGAGUCAGUUGCCAACGAUUGAAAUGGUACAAUGUUUUCCUGACCUUUGACUCUUGUUUACUUGCAACAAUACUGGAACUGGUUGACAUCACCAAUUGUUUGUAAUUUAUUGUCUUUAUUAUUUGUACAAAACAUGAGACUGUCUUUAGAAAAAUAGUUGUAAAAGUAGCACUGAGCCAGCCACAAUGUAAAUCAGAUGAAGAUCACUGCAAACUUUGAGAAAUUUGUAGUGUCAAAAUUUAAAAGAAGUGAAUGGUUUAUAAGAAAUAUCACAAAAAAUUAGUGAAUAAACCUUUGAUUUUAGAAACUUGA